AUGACUUGCAUUGAAGAAGCAGAGUGUAGGAGAUUGUUAUUCUGUCCAGCGGAUAAUUCUUGCAAGUUGUAUCAAGACGGAACGGGCUGUAUUGUGAAACCUAACAUAAACGCAGGUUGUAGUUGUUAUAAAAAGAAUAUUGGUUGUGAUGAAGAUAAUAAUUGUACAUGUCCUUUAGGUUACUAUGACUGUUCUGAUGGGUAUAGCAGAGGAAUAGAAUAUCCAAAGGAACUGUUGACGACCAUACAACCCGUGUCAUCUCCAGAACCGUUUGAAGUCUUGUGCUAUCUCGAUUAUGGAGGUUUUACUUCAAUAUUAAUGCGAGCAGAAUACUGUGACUUUGAAGAAUUCAAUCGAACCUUAGCAGAAUACGAGACAGGCUUUGGUGCGGUUUAUCUGAACCGUUGGAUUGGAUUCAAUCAUAUCUUAGCUAUUCUGAAUAAUCCUCAUUCUAGUUUCACUUUGAAGGUUCAACUUCUAGAUAUUAAUUGGGUUAGUUGUGAAAAUAGGUAUUCUAAUUUUGAAAUUGGAGACAAAACCACUAACUACGUGUUAAGCCUCACCGCAGAUACAGCUAAUUGUGGAGAAUCGAUUACUGGUACACCAAACUUGAAUGGCAGGCCGUUUUCUACCUAUGACGUUGAUUUUACUGGUGUUCAUGAGUGUGCCUUAAAUUAUGGUGGUGGUUGGUGGUUUGAUGAAUCAACAGAAUGUUCUCAAAGUUUUCUUACUGGAACUAUUGAAUAUGGAAGUUCAUCAGGUGUCUAUUAUUUCUGGAAAGAUAACUGGAAUGGAGCACAUAUUAAGCGUAUUGCCCUGAAGUUGAUUCGAUAUAACUGA